AAUCGCAACGAAGAUGAUUCGCUUGUUUAGUGCCUUUUUAUUAUUUUUCUGUUUCAUACAAAGUAACAAUGGUGAAACUCUUUGUGAAAUGUUUGAACAUUCAGCUGCUAAAUCCAACAUUAGCAAAGCUUGCUUGAAGCAAAUGCACACGGUCUGCAAUACUCCGGAACUGGGAUGGAAGUUAUAUGACGCUACAUCCAAAUUCCUCACCCCGGGAAUGUCAUACAGCAACGUCAUCGACUAUGGCAACUUCCCGGAAUGUCUGUCCAUUGUCCACGAAGAUCGGAAUGGUCAAAUCCGUGGGAAAUUUUGUGGAAUAUCCACAAUCAUAGUAAACAUAUUACUAACACCAGGAACUCACCAAAUUUUGACCAGUCUGGGUAUUGAUCCUAAUGCUACAACGCUACAAAUAGUUUCGAUGGAGACAUUUUCGCAAGUAUCAAAACAAGUAAGGGACAUUUUAAUCCCCGACAUACCCUACGUGAUUUCAAAGUACUCAUCGUGCGUACCAGACGCUUGUACCCCUCGAGAAGUCGCCCACUUUUACUGGUACGGUUAUUUGUUAUCCGAUCUUGUACCUUUGAUAACAUACACGGAUUUACCGUGCGAAACUGUUGAUUCAAACACGGAGUACGAGGCAGGCGAUAUAGCUGUAAUAUGUUUCUUCGCAGUGAUAGCCGCGUUAAUGAUUGCAAGUACCAUUUACGACGCACUUUGCCAAAACUUCAAAAAAAAACCGCACCACCCUCUCCUUCUGGCGUUUUCUGUCCUCUUCAAUGGAAAGAAACUUCUCGCUAUAAGCAACAACACCACCGAACAAAUCCAAGUUUUCAACGGAAUGCGUUUCAUUAGCAUGAUGUGGGUACUAUCCUUUCACGCGGUCUCAGUUUUCCAAGCUGGUAUCAUCAGUCUAGAAAACUUCCCGGAAGCGAAAGAUUGGGACCAAAGCAUCUCGAAUCGUUACAUAGAAAGCGGUCUUCUUGCAGUCGAUACCUUUUUCUUCAUGGCGGGUUUUCUUCUAGCUUUUACUUACUUAAAAACCUCGGAAGAGUCAAUUGGAGCGCAAUUAAAGAAAGUACCGAAGAUGUACCUCCACAGGUACUUGCGAGUAACACCCUCUGUUGGUGCCAUGUACUUGGUUACGAUUACCAUUUUCAAAUUCAUGGGUACAGGGCCCACUUGGACUCUUGUUACGAAGAUGUUGAGAGACACCUGUUUAAAUAGGUGGUGGAAAUUUUUCCUCUACGUUCAGAAUUACACCGAUCCGGACGACAUGUGUGUGAAUCCGACAUGGUACCUCUCAGCUGACAUGCAGAUGUUCAUUUUGGCACCUCUAGUACUAAUUCCGAUGGCCGCCUUUAUAAAAAAGAGCUUCAAAGGGGUAUUUUACGGCCUGGUAGGUGUGACCCUGCUCGCUGUUAUAAUACCAAUUUUCACAAGAUAUUUUGGUGAUCAAGCGGCCGGAAAUAUUUACACCGCUCAUGAAAGGUUCAGUGAUUUUCUUAUCGGACUUACCUUUGGGGCUACCAUGAGGAUGUACAAACACAAACCUUACAUUUUCUCGCCUCUGUGGAAUGUUUGUCUUUGGGUUAUAGUACUACUGGUGUCACUUGCUUUCAAUCUUUUCUGGUUCGACGUCUUGUACCGCUACUAUCUUCUAAAAUACACACUCUUCAUGGCUUUCUACAGACCAGUUUGGUGCUUGUGCCUAGUUUUUAUGGUUUAUUCUUGCUACCACAACCAAGGGGGAAUCAUACAGUGGUUCUUGUCAAGGCCAUCGUUCCAAAUUUUGGGAAGAUUAUCGUACUCCAUGUACGUACUUCACGUUCUUGUGGAGGUUUAUGCUGGAGCUACAUUAAAAACUAGUAGUUACUUCAGUAACUAUUUCUUGUUCUAUAACUGGUGCGGACAUUUUAUCGUAACGCUGAUAGUAUCGGUGAUUUGGGUUCUGGCCUUCGAAUUUCCCAUGCUCACUAUUGACAAAUAUAUUCUAGGAGAUGACCGAAAAUCAUCAGCCAAGCGAGAAAAUUAAAUGAAACAACACAAUGUAUUUUCUUAUUUAUUGCACUCAAUAAAGUUUUUUACAAAAA